AUGGACUCUUUAAGGAUUUUCAAGCAGCGCUCAGUGUCUGGCGACAAUAACCGCAACCGUGAUCGCUUUCACCCUAGCACAAUACAGAAGCAUCUCAUUGCAUCAGCUGGGGAGUUUGUUGGAACUUUCUUUUUCCUAUGGUUCGCUUACGCUGGCAGCAUGCAAUACAUAAAGCAGGCUACCUUGUCACCACCCUCUGGGGGAAUAAGCGAUACAACUGUCUUCUUCAUUGCGCACGUAUACAGCUUCUCCCUACUCGUCAAUGUCUGGGCGUUUUACCGUAUAAGUGGUGGUCUGUUUAAUCCUGCAGUAACGCUCGGCAUGUGUUUGGCGGGGACGCUACCUUGGGUGCGAGCCGCCUUCUUAGUCCCAGCACAAAUCAUCGCCAGCAUGUGUGCAGGCGGUCUAGCACGCUGCAUGUUCCCAGGUGACCUUGCCGUGGCCAACAGUGUUCUCUCAAGCGACACAUCGAUCGUACGAGGUCUCUUCAUUGAGAUGUUUUUUACAGCCUUCCUUGUAUUCGUUGUAUUAAUGCUCUCUGCCGAGCGUUCUAAAGACACUUUUAUCGCACCCAUCGGUAUCGGAUUAGCGCUGUUUGUUGCCAUGCUAGCUGGGACUUCUUACACCGGCGCAUCACUCAAUCCAGUUCGCAGUUUCGGAUGUGCCGUCGCGACGCCUAGUUUCCCUGGUUAUGAGUGGAUCUACUGGCUUGGUCCAUUUAUGGGCGCUUUGGUGGCUGCAGGUUUCUACCGUUUUGUCAAGUUGUCUCAUUACGAAGAAGCAAAUCCCAACCGGGAGGAGACGGACCAUCCCACCGGCGACCAGCCAUAA